CUUUUCUUGUAUUUUAAUGUUUAUUAUUAAUUUAUUAGUUAGGCAACCCAUGACUGAGUGUUUUUCUAGUACUGGUAUCAAAAGUGUCACAAUAGGCUAAAAAUUAAAGUUGAAAGUUUUUGGUUUCAUUUCAACUUCUUCAACCAGUAUUAGUAUACUUUAAGAAUUUAUUAAUAGAAAAUGAAUUUCAAGAUGUAGAUUUUGACAGCAGGAUCUAAUCAAGGAGUACCCCCUUUUGGUUCUUAGGUGCAUCACCGGGACACCACUUGAUAAUUUAACAAAGACCAAUUAAUAAACUCCAUGUGACGGACCCAAGCCCGGCUGAGAAAGGAGGAGCACUUUGUCACAGAUUACAUUAUAGAAUUGUUUGUACAUUUCACUUUUGAAAGUAAUAUAAGCCCUCGACAUGAGUCUCGGGAUUUAAUCCUCAAAUUUAGACACUUGACAUUCACGUCAGGAUUUACCCAAGGGACGUAAUUAGUAUGUUUGAAAUCUAUUGGUUGAUUUGAAUUUAAACAAAGACAUUUUUGAAAAGAGUUAGCGCCAGAGAAUUGGCGGUAGUAAGAAAGUAAAGUCAGUCGAUAAUAUUGGGUCCUUGUAGACAGUCGUGUUUCUGAGAGCUCGGUUUUAAAAGCCUUUGUAAUGUAUUUGAGCCUGUUUGGUUUGUAAUUUGUACAUAAGCUGUACUUACGUUGUAUUUAAAUAAAGUUCCAGAGUUUUGUUUUAUCAAAGAAGCUUUCAUUGUGAUUCUAGAUCGUCAUUUAUUCAACUAUUGAAUUCAAGUAAAAUCCCCGGCAUAACAACACAUCGUAGCAUCGUGCAUGUUGUUGCAUCUGGCACAAGUGUUGUUACAUUUGGCACUCUCCGACUAAUAAAAGUUCACGGACAACUUUUAACGAAAUUUAUUCAAGAUCUAGGACCAAUUUCUAAACUCUUCAAAGGAACUUCAUUCUUAUUUAACGGAGGACAGAAUUUCUGUGUUUAACAGGUCAGUUGGUUAUCGAUAAUUCUUUUAUAAAGAUUUUCGUUAGAGUUACGUCUAACUCACGAAAUCUAUUAUUAGAUCUAUAUGUAAUUGGCAAAAGGAAUAAGACCAAUAUACAUAAUAACUGGCAAUAUAAAAGACCAGUAAAGCAAAUAACUGGCAAUAUAAAAGACCAGUAAAGCAAAUAACUGGCAGUAUAAAAAAGACCAGUAAAUCAAAUAACUGGCAUUAUAAAGAAGACCAGUAAAUAAUCAUUUGAGCAGCACAAAGUAAACAGAAGACCAGAUUUAACCAACUGUUAAACCAGUAAAAAGUACAUCGGCUCAAUAGAUCUAUAUAUUCAAUCAUACGACUCCAGUAACUACAAGUAUACUGUCAAGAAUUUAUUAGCAAAUUGAGGCUUCAAGAACUUUUUCAUUAUAUUAUUAUUAUAUCUGAGAUAAAGCCAAAAUCCAGAUAUUGAACAUUUUGCUCCAAUACAAGAAACUAACAAAGAAAUUAAAUAUGGCUUCCAGUUCUAGAACACAACGAUUCUUCGAAUUAAUAGAAUUUGCCAAAGAAAAGCAAAUUUCAAAGCCAGACCAGUGGGCAGAGAAACAAGAAGAAAAAGAAUACCAAGAGCAAGAAUCUGAAAAACGCAUGCAAUUAGAAGAAAAAAAAUUGCAAGACGCUGAAAAACAAAGGCAAGAAUCUGAAAAACAAAGGCAAGAAUCUGAAAAACAAAGGCAAGACGCUGAAAAGCAAAGACAACAUGAAAAAGAAAAAAUGGAAUUCGAAAGGCAAAAUAAAGAAAAUAAAGAAAGCAUUCCAAUUCAAGGUCACUCAAGUAUGUUUGACAAAUACAGAUUAAUGAACAAAAUAUCGGCUUUCAACGAAAACAUUGACAAUAUGGACUCGUAUCUCAUAAGAUUUGAAGAAAUAGCUACAACAUCCGGUCUACCUGAAGCACAUUGGUCGAGCUCACUCCUCACCCUUUUGACUGGCAAAGCUGUCAACAUUUGCUCACAACUGUCCAUCAAUGAACGCAGCACUUACUCUGAUAUCAAGGAAGCUCUACUGCGCCAAUACGGAGCAACUUCAGCCAACUAUAGAAAGAAAUUCUAUAAUGAAAGGCCACAGCAAAAUGAUGAUCCUCAAAUUUUUGUAGCUAAUAUGUCAAUGUGGUUUGAUAGAUGGGUAUCCAUGGCAAAGAUAGAAGAAAGUUACCAAGCUCUUCGUCAACAUAUUAUUAUCGACAACAUUACCCAUGCUCACUCAGAAGAUAUUCAAUCCUACAUUAUAGAGAGAAAUCCUACUGAUAUCCAGACAUUAACCAAGAUCAUCAGACAGUAUAAAGCAGCAUAUCCAAACAAGUCAGUCAAACCAUCUGUUGAAGAAAAUUUUGUCUGUUUUGCUCAAGACAAAAAUGCAAGAUAUAAGUCAGAUGACAAAAUCAAAUGCAACAAAUGUCAUAAACUAGGGCAUUUCACGUCUCAAUGCCGCAGCAGAACCACAGAAUGUUCAUAUUGCCAUAAAAAGGGUCACCAAACUCACGAAUGUUGGAAAAAACAGGCAGUCUCCAAAAAUCAAAAUUUUGAUAGACCCACAUCACCAACUCAAAGAUACAGCAAUAGAGAGCAAUACAAUCUCAACAAAGCACCUGGAAACAAUAAACCAGAUAACAAACCUCGCUACAGAAGUCAUUCACAGGACUCCAGACCACAAUAUAUGCCAAACAGAAGCCCAUAUAACAGAAGCUAUUACAAUGAGCACUCAACUAUGACAGUCAUUGCAAAGUCCAAUGGUCUCAAAUUUUAUCCAGGCUUUGUAGGAGACAAGAAGGUGGAAGUUCUUCGUGACACCGGAAGCACGUCCACAUUAGUACAUGAACGCUUCGUACACGCAAACCGUUUCACAGGCAACCACGUCCAAGUCACUGCAUUCAACGGAACUGUCAGCAAGUUACCUGAAGCCAUCAUUUAUGUUACUACACCAUUCUUCAGUGGUCAAACAAAAGCAUUAGUAACACCCAAUCUACCAAUGGACCUAAUCUUGGGAAACAUAGAGGGAGUUAAAGAAUGCACUCCUCGAGAACUUACUGAAUGGACAAAUGCCAUAGAACAAGGUCAAAAAUGUUUAGCAGUAAUGACAAGAUCCAUGUCCAGACAACAAGAACAUUUGGCACAUGAACAAGUUAGCCAAAAUAAUCACAUGGCUACCUCAGUUACUCAAGCUAUGCAGAAUGCAACAGAACCAGUUACUAGUCCAGUGGCCAGCAACAAUCAAGAACAUUCAACAUGGACACCCCCAGUUACAUCAAGCCCAUCCCUACCGGUCAUAAGUCCACCUCCAAUUCCCGAAUGUCCAUUGUUGAACUUUGAAGAACAAGACGACAUGCCCAGAGUCUCUAACAAUGAUACAAGAACUCUAACUGGUCAAACUGAAGUCCAUCAAGACAAGUUAUAUUUCACACACGAUGACUUCAAAGAAGAACAGAAACGAGAUCCAACAUUGCGAAUACUUUAUCAGAAGGCUCAAGCAAACAAACAGCUGAAUCUGCCAAAUAAACCAUAUUUUCAAGAUGGCCUCCUGGUGAAGAAUGCCAUGCAUAAAGACAAUACCAUUCAGCAAAUAAUAGUGCCACAGAAAUACAGGAAAGAAAUACUGGCAACAGGACAUAACAUUCCACACGCCAGCCAUAUGGGUGUAGUCAAAACUAAAACCAGAAUCCUCAAAGAAUUUUAUUGGCCUAGCUUGACCAAAGAUAUCAAGAAAUACAUUAAUAAUUGUUCACAUUGUCAACAUGAUUAUUGUGAGAAGAAACAAACUCAAAAGAAAAGCAACAUAACUAAAACAAAGAACAGAGAAGACUACAAAGCCAGAAUUGACAACAAUGAAUCUAUGCAUCAUGACUCAAGUAAAUCUACAGGGACAUCACUGCCUACUACAUGUCCAUCCCUACCCACUACAUGUCCAUCCCUACCUGACAAUACAAGCCCGUCCCUACCAAGUACUUUCCCAUCCCUAACCACUGAUGAUGACUUCAUACAUCAAGACUUGAACAAGACUGCAUCUGCAUCAUUAUUUACCAAUACUAUGGUAUGCAUUGAACAUUUCUGCUACAAUCAAGACAAGUCUCAUGAACCAGAACCAGAAGCAGAUACUUAUCUUCAAUCAACUUUGGCUAUACCAGACAAAAGAAAAACUAUGCAACUUGACUCUACCACUCAUACAAGUAUUCCUCAUUUGAAAGAAUGUGAGUCAACUCAAGAAGCCAUUACAACCAUGAACAUUGGAAGUCAAAGAAUAUUACAUGAACUCAUGAAAUCAAGAUAUUUUGCUCAAGAAGAUCAAGUCAAUUUACUGUUACCAGAUUUCAGUAACAAGCUAUUCUACAAAUGGCAAGGUCCAUUUACCAUCACCAGAAAGAUUUCCAACCUGCUUUAUGAAAACAAUGUCAACAAGUUUACCAGAGUAUUUCAUGUUCAUAUGUUUGAACAUUACCAUGAAACAGAUAAUGAAGACAUCAAAGCAGAAGUUGAUAAUUUUACAAGCUUAGCAACUAUUCCUGAGGAAGAAGAAACAUCAUCAACACCCAUUCCUGAGAUAGAUGUUUCAUUACCAGCAUCAAAUCAAAUUGACAUUCCAAAGGUCAUCACUCUGGAUGACAUAGCACUACAGAAAGUGAAGGACACUAAAGUGUUUCCAGAUCAUGCAGAUUUCUUUACCGGUGUUUCUGAAACAUUCCCAGUACUGCAAUUUGAAAACAACUCAGAGAGCAACAACAUUGACAACACCAAGUUUCAUCCUCCUUCUACUCAAAGGGCAACUUUUCUUCAGAAAGGAACAAAUGAACUUCUUCAACAUUGCUGUAUUGACCGAUUGAACUCAGACAUGUUCAGUCAUUGCUCUAUUGAACAUUCUAAUGCAAAGCAUUCUGCUACCAUUGUUCUACAGCGUCAAAGUUCAUCAACCAGAAAAUUGAGUUUUGGUUUCGGACAGUUCUUAUUUUCACCAAACUCAAACGCGGUUUAAUCAGACAUUAUCUGUGAGAUCAUUAUGACAUGGAGACAACAGCUUCAUAAACUGAAAGACCUUUUCUUCAAGUUUAG